AUGGUGAAGGAGCACAACCUGUUGACGGUGGAUGAGCACAACUUGCUCAGCGUCGCCUACAAGAACGUCAUCGGCUCGCUACGCAUCCUCUGGUGCAUAAUCUCGUCGAUCGAGCAGAAGGAGGAAGGCCGCUGCAACGAGGAGUACGUGGCAUUUUUCAAGCAGUACAUAUCCAAGGUGGAGACCGAGCUUUCCGCCAUUUGCGUCGAAAUCCUGAAGCUCCUACAGUCGCACCUUAUUCCUUCGGUUACCACCGAAGAGUCCAAGGGUAUGCAAACUAGGGACAAAAAGGUGGACGAGUUGGAGAAAAAAGUAGGGCAAAUUGCGGAGUUCAUGGGACAAUUUUGA